CAUAGUCUUUUAGGAUUUUAGUCUGUCACAUUACAAAUCUGAGGAGAGACCUGGGGGCAUAAAAAGCACAAGAGAGCCUUAAUAAUUAGCCUUAAAAGAGGAAGUAUAAACUUUCCAUUGAAUACUGUUUAAUUUUUCUUGUAAUCCUCAGUGAAGACCUUUAACCCCCCUCCCCUAUUAAAUAAAGGAGCACUUAGGAACAGAAGUAUUAUCUUUAUACCCCUUGGCAGUUAGCCGACUAGAGCAUUUGGGUGAAGAGGCUUCCCACUGGUAAUAAGUGAUAUCUUAAGUACAAAACAGUUGUUAUUGUGUCAUUAGGUGUAUUAGUGUGCUCGGGUAGUCAUAACAGAAUAGUGUACCUGGUGGAGCAGGUGGCUUAAACAGACAUUUGCUUUCAUGGGAGACCAGAAGCCAGGGUGGCAGCAUCAUGUCAGUUCCUUGUGAAGCCUCUUGCUGGCUUGUAAGAGCCAUUGUAUUCAUGUGUGCUCAUGUGACCUUUUUUUUUCGGACUAUAAGGAGUAGGUACCUAUUCUUUAGACCUCAGUUCAGUUAUUUACAGGUUUUUCCUUCAAAUGUAAUAGAUGGAACUUCAACAAGAAAUUGUGAGUUGAGGAUAAAUGUACUUUAUAACAUUGGGCUUGUGGGAAGACAGGAAAAAUGACAGUGUUCAAAUGAAAAAGGAACUGAAAUUAGAGCAACAAGGCAACACAAAAAUAGGAGUUGUCUAGUGACUGACAACUGGGCAUUGUAGUUUGGAAAUAACAGGUUAUAAUGCCUCAAACAGUUUUUCAAAAUUUCCUUUAAAAUAGGCUGUCCUUGGUGUUUCUCUUUAAUAACCUAUUUGUAUUGAGGCUCUAGUGAGUACUAUUGAAAAAGAAAAAAAUAUUGGCAAAAAUGUGAUUCACGUACUCUGAUUACCUUGGAAAUAAAUUAGAGAAGUUGAAAAUAAAAUCAAUAUUAUAUUGUAAACAACAGCAAGAAGUGUAAUUGUAAAAGUGCAGUAUGAGAGCAUCAGAUAGGCAUCUCCAGUGCACAUUCUCUGUGGAGAACAUCUUAAAACUUUAUUGAAGCAUAUGAAGAAAACACAUUUGUAUAACAUCUUUGUUGGAAAUAUCUGUGUUACAAAGUUGUCAGCUAUCAUCAAAUUAAUGUUGCAGAUCAAAAGAAUUUUAAGUUAGUUUUCAUAAUCUGGGGGACUUAACAAAUUGACUCUAAAGAUAUAUUGAUAGAUGAAGUUCCAGGAGCAAACAGUGAGCUCUAUAAAAUGAAAACUUAGUCUGCCACUUGGUAAGCUUUUUUUCUCUUUUUAUAUAAAGCUAUAUAAUAAGGAUACUAUUAAUGCAGAGAUAGAAUAGUGGUAUAGAAUAAUCCAUAAGCAACUAUGCCUAUAUGGAAAUAGUGACUGAUAAGAGUGGCAUUAGAAAUUACUGGGUAAAAUAUAAAUUAGUAAAAGAUAACUAGGAAAAUUUGUCAUCCUUACAGAAUAAAAUGAAAUAGGAUCUGUCUCACACCUUAUGCAAAAAUAAAUUCUUGGCACUUCAAAGACUUAUUUGCAAAAGGCAAAACUUAAAUGUGAGAAUGUAAAGGACAACACCUGUGGGGUUGAAGGUAUGAACUUUUUAACUGCAAAAAAUUUAACUGAAAAGCAACAUUUGUUUAUCAAAAGUCACCAUAAAGCAAAAGUCAUAAAUUAAGGUAUUUGCAAUAACAUAACAAAUAUAGCUAUCUAGACUAUGUAAAGGCCUAAAAAAUAAAAAGAAAAAGCUGGGUAGAAAAAAGUUCAGAAACAGGCAUUCACAGAGAAGGACAUGUAAGUAACAUUAAUAUAUGAAAAAGAGAUUGACCUCAUCAAUAAGGAAAUGCAAACCAAAAACAUUUCAUUGUAAGCCCUCUGGUUUGGCAAAUUUCAGCGUAUUUAAUAAAAUGCAAAGUAAUGGAAAUACCCUGGAGAGAGUAGUAUAAAUUCCAUCCCUACUUGGCACUAACUUGUAAUGCUGAACAUUAUUCUGUUCAGAAAGUUAUUCUGCCUGUAAGGUAUACCCUAUAGAAAGUCUUUGAUGAUACAAAUCAGAAAAUGUCUUAGGGUAUUUGUUGCAACAGGGUACAUGUUAAUAUGAAAGGAAACAAUCCCAAAAUUAAACAAUGGGUAAAUAAAUGUUCACACUGUAGUAGUAUGGAACUCUUUAAAGGAAGAACAUAUUAACAUAAGUAUCAAGUGAAAUGAUCAUAUUGCAGAAGAUCUUCGUUAUUUUUAUAAAGAUUAAAACAUCAAGUAGAGGUAAAUAUAUAUACAGCUAGGCAUGAUAUAUCUUUUAAAGUGAGAAAAUGAUAAACCAUUCAUGAUGAAUUACCUGGGAAGUAGGAAAAAGAAAUAAGCACACAGGUAAAUGCUAUAAUGAGUAAUGUUUUCUUAAUUUAGAUAGUAGAAUUGUAGGUAUUUGUUUGCUUUAUAUCUUAGGUAUAUGUUUGCAUAUAUUUUUAUGUGUAUUUGUCGACUGAAAAAUAAUACCAACGUAAUUGAGAAUAAAGAAAAUUACACUAAGGUGGGGCCAGUUAAGAUUGCAAUCUGGAAAAACAUUCCAAUAAUCUUGGAAACGUGCUCAGUGGUUUUACAAAAUGGCAGGAGUGUAGCUUUAAAUCAUAAGGUGGUUGAAAAUUAUAUCACUUUUUAGUCUAAAAUUAUGGCUGGGAAGUAUUAAACUGGUUUACAAGAAAGGGAGAGGGUGUGGUCUCAAUCUUGGGGGAGUUAGGGUGAAGGGGUCCCUUGUACAGAUUGUUACAGUGUUUCAGCAAGCUGCAUUUGCCACAAUCCAGAAGUCAGCUUGCCUAGGGGUAGAGGUGAGGCUGUGUGUAGCUCAGUUCCGUUCUCUUGUGCACCUAUCUCAGGCUGGGUUUUACUAUGCCUCCCAAAUUACUUUAGCUCACUCAUACCGGUAUUACUCUUGAUUUUCUUCCUUGCCAUGUUAAAUAUUACUUUAAGUACAAGUUUUCAUAAAAUAAUACUGUACCUAUAAGGUAGUGUGUAGUACCAUGUAGCUAACAUUUGAAGAAAACUGCUGUGUUUUGUAUUUUUAUAGGUCUUAAUCACUGUUAUGAUUCUAUGAAAUAAGUGCUAUUAUCAUGUUCAUUUUUCAGAGGAACAGAUUGAAGUUUAGUGAGAUUAAUUUGCAUAAAUUCACAUAACUGAUGAGCAGUGGCAAUCAUAUUCAAACCCAACUCUUGAUUGUAGAAUCCAGCCUCUUAAACCAUUCUGAUUGACCAUAGAGUCUGUUUAUUUGCACACAGAGGAUCAGAAAUGUCAAGAAAUUUGCUAGUGUCACAUAGCUAAAAUCAUUGAUAGUACAAAGAUGUAUGUACUUGUGGUUAUUAUCUUUUAGGGAUUUCCAAUUUAUCGUGAGGGUGUUAUUGAGUAAAUGAAUAAUGUUAGAGGCAAAAUAUCUGGCCCUCUUUUUAUUCUGUUGCUGAUCUAAGUUUCCUGUUACUGUAAGAAAGUCUAUUCCUUAACAUAAACCAUGUGAUAUUGUAUAAUUUUAUCUUGAAUCUUGAUACAUGACAGGAUGAUACCCAUAAGUUUUGUUUUUAGUACACUUUGUAACCUAAGGAGUUUAUGUUUUGUUGUAGUGGCAAUGGGAAGCCACUGAAGUAUUUUAAGUAGUUGAAUGAAAUGAUUAGACUUACAGUUUAAGAAUGUCACUCUUGUGCCUAAAUGGAGGGUAUAUUGUUAGAAAAAAGACUAGAAGUGAAGAAAAAAAAUAAGUGGUCAUCAAGUAGUAUAGAUGAGAAAAAAAGUGACAAUUUAGAAGGGAUACAACUGAAAUGUGACAUUCAAGAUAUAUUUUGUAGUUAAAAUGUGUAAGUCAUGGAUGAGUGGAUAUGAGGUAAGAGAUGAAGUUUAUUCUUAAACUGACUUUAGGAACUGAAUAAUGUUUCCAUUUGCCAAAAUGGAGAUUAAGGGAAAGAGAUAGAUGAUGUAUUUUUUUUUAAGUGGAAGUAAUUUGACAGGCUUUUUUGUUUUUGAACGGGGGUAUUUGAGGCUUCAAAAUAAAAAAGGAAAAAUAAUAAAGUUAAGAAAGUAAGAUAAAAGUAAUAAGGUGAGGAAAGUAUGGGCACACAUGAAAUUGCGUAUGACAUAUAUUUUGAUGUGCAGUGUAUUCUAGUCAUUCCCCUCUUUGAAUAAUAUAUAAACAGAAGAAUGUUAUUACUGUAUUUGUUCUUAUAAGGAUAUGUAAAGGUAUUGUAAAAUUUAGCAAAUCUGAAUCCAUAGAAUUGAGGUCAUGAGAAAAAUGAAUAGAGACAAAGGGGUUUGUGGGACAAGUCCUGUUACCGGAGUACAUUAUUACCAACUCCCAAAGACAUCUGGAAACUGACCUUGUUCUAAUUUUGCAGCUCAGAUUUUAGGAAGCAUUGGGGCCAGGUUAUUAAAUUGACUUAAGAGAGUUGAGGGUGAUGAGUGAAGACUGUUUAUUCCCGCAUACUUUGCAGUUCUCUGUAAUCAAAUUGUAUACAAACAGUGUUGAGACUGCUGGGGCUCACUUGGCUCAGAUGAGCACUUACUGACAGCUGCCUAGAUGGGACUGUGCCUGAUUCUUUCAGUUUAUGAUCUACUGUGUGAAGUCCUUUUGAAGAGACUUAGAAGUACAUCCUUCUGUGAUUGGUGAUGUUAUUGAACUCCCUCCUUUAUAUCUUGGUGGUCCUGAUUUUCUUCAUCCUUCAGAUAGCAUUUUCGAACAGUAUUCAUCAUAACUUAUUCAUGGUCAUAAAACCAAUUCUAGGAGAUACAAGCAGCAAUAAAAGAAAAAGGUUAUCCUAGUGUCUAAUUGUCACUCAACUACAAAGGGUAAAGGGCUUUACUGAGAAAGGAUAAUGUAUCACGUAUUGUUAGUUGUCACAAUUUGUGAGGUACUUUUUUAGAUGAAUAAGCCUUUUUUGAUGGAUAAAUCUACAUAGUCUUUAUCAGCCUGAGCUACUACUGGCUUAUCAAUACAGUCAUAAUAUACCUGAAAAUUUUUUGAAUAGCUUAUAUGAUUUAUUUCAUUUAUCAUUUUUGUUCAGAUAUUCAAAUAGUUAAGACUUUAUGAUGUUUUGGCUCAACAAUAAAGAACUUUGAGUCCCUAGAUAUCAGACUGCAAGAGUCAGGUCUUGUAAUUCUAAUCCAAGACCAUGUUACUGAUCUUUGUUCAAUGGACUUAACCCAGGAUGAUGGGCAGGGCCUUACGGUGGAAUUCUCCUUUUUUGGGUAUGUCUCUGAGUCCUCCCCCUUGAGGAAUAGGACUUCUUACUCUUUAGAGUGAUCCUGUACCUCUUUUUGGUGUCACUCAUCUUUCUGUUCUGGGUGGCUUCUAGUCCUGCUUCCAUUGAAAAUGAGUCUACAACCUCCAUAUUCUUUGUGAUCUAUAUAUCUUCCUUGUCCAUGUGACACCAGACACUACUCUAUUUGCAUUUUAGCAAAGAGCUGCUGAGUUUAGGAUUAUAGAUAGUGACAAUCCUUGCAUCUGAGAAGAGGACAGACUGACCUGAAAGAGCUGGAGAAGAUUCACUAAACUGUGCUGUAUGGCAGACUAAACUGGGCAGUGAUGAGUCAGGUACAGUGAAGCAACAGGUAGAGGGGAGAGAUUCUCUGAAAAAAUUCUAAUCAGCAAGGAGUUUACACACUCAACCAAAAGAAUAAAGAUCAGGACUGGCUAAUUGUUGACAUGUUGGAAUUAACUGAGUGGUUGUUCCUGGUCCUGAUGAUCACUCAGUUCAUCUUUGGAAAUCUGGGAAAUGGUUUCCUUGCAUUGGUCAGUGGCAGCAGCUGGUUCAAGAGCAAGAGAAUCUCUUUGUCUGACUUCAUUAUCACCAACCUGGCCCUCUCCAGGAUCAUUUUGCUGUGGAUUAUCUUCAUUGAUGGUGUUUUACUAGUUUUAUUCUCCAAUGUGCGUGAUUCAGGGGUACUAAUACAACUUACUGAUAUUUUCUGGACAUUUGGAAACCACCUGAGCAUUUCACUUAUCACCUGUCUUGGUGUCCUCUAUUGCUUGAAAAUUGCCAGCUUUUCCCACCCCUUAUUUCUCUGGCUCAAGUGGAGAGUUUCCAGGGUGGUUGUAUGGAUGCUGCUAGGUACACUGCUUUUAUCCUUUGCCUGUACCAUAUCUCUGAUCAAUGAAUUUAAGUUAUAUUUUGCCUUCAGUGGAAUUGACAGCACAGAAAACAUGACUGAAUAUUUCAGGAAGAAGAGACAUGAAUAUGAUCUGAUGCAUGUUCUUGGGACUCUGUGGAAUCUCCCUCCCAUGACUGUGUCCCUGAUAACCUACUUUCUGCUCCUCUUGUCUCUAAGGAGGCACACUCGACAGAUGCAGCAAAAUAGUAUCGGCUCCAGAGAUAAAAGCAGUGAGGCUCACAGACGAGCCAUUGGGAUAAUUUUCUCCUUCUUCUUACUCUUCCUAUUGUACUUGGUUUCCUUUUUAAUUUUUUCGUUGGGCCGUUUUGUACCCCAAAGUAAGAUGUCUGUGAUGAUUGGUGAGGUAAUUACAAUGUUCUAUCUUGUUGGCCACUCAUUUGUUUUCAUUCUGGGUAACAAAAAGUUGAAGCAGGCAUUUUUGGCAAUGCUCCUGUGUAAGUCUGGUCCUCUGCAGCCUGGAUCUACAUAGAUAGAAAGCAGAGGGCAU